AUGGAUUACCUGUCCAAGCCCGGGCUCCUCAGCGUCAUCGCUGGAGUUGCCUGCGGGGUGUGCCUGGGAUGGGGCAUCCGUGGGAGGCUCCUCAGGCAGCCCAGAGCCGGGGUGAUGGCCCUUCCCAACAGCCUGGGCAGCGAAGCCGACACCGUGGGGGAGUCUGGGGAGUUCAAGAUGGUGCUGGUUGUCCGCAAUGACUUGAAGAUGGGGAAGGGUAAAGUCGCAGCACAGUGUUCCCACGCGGCUGUUUCUGCCUACAAGCAAGUGCAGAGAAGAAAUCCUGAGCUCCUGAAGCAGUGGGAAUACUGUGGGCAACCUAAAGUGGUCCUCAAAGCUCCCGAUGAAGAGACUCUGAUCCAGCUCCUGGCUGAUGCUAAACACCUUGGACUGACUGUGAGCCUGAUCCAAGAUGCAGGUCGCACUCAGAUAGCUCCAGGCUCCCAGACAGUCCUUGGGAUUGGACCAGGACCAGCUGAUGUAGUAGAUAAAGUUUCUGGUCACCUGAAACUCUUCUAA